CUUUCAGUAAUAGCUGAUCGAUCUUUCCCUGGUAUGAAAGUAGAGAGAAACGCUUUAGAUUACUUUUGGAGAAAUCGACGCGGAAAGAGCUUCUUCUUCCAUCUCUCCGAUUCGCUAACAAGGAAUGUCGAGUCUAUACAGAGGUGUUUCGAGGAAAGAGAAACCCAGACGUCAUCAUGGGUUGAAUCAGCAGAAGAGGCAAGAGAUCAAGGAAGCUUUUGAUCUCUUUGACACUGAUGGCUCUGGUACCAUUGAUGCUAAAGAGCUUAAUGUUGCUAUGAGGGCGCUUGGUUUCGAGAUGACGGAAGAGCAAAUCGAGAAAAUGAUAGCAGAUGUGGACAAGGAUGGAAGUGGAGCCAUAGAUUACGAUGAGUUUUAUUAUAUGAUGACUGCUAAGAUCGGUGAACGUGACACCAAAGAAGAGCUCACCAAGGCUUUCAAGAUCAUUGAUCUUGACAAUAAUGGGAAGAUAUCUGCUGAUGAUAUCAAACGCAUGGCAAAGGACUUGGGUGAAAACUUCACUGAUGCUGAGAUUCGUGAGAUGGUUGAAGAAGCUGACCGUGACCGUGAUGGUGAAGUUAAUAUGGAAGAGUUCAUGAGGAUGAUGAAGAGAACUGCUGCUUAUGAGUACUAAAAUAUAGUUGUUGUUGUAUUGAUACUGAUGAGGUCUCUGUUAUAUAUACUUCCUUUUAGCCGAGGCAUUACUAUGUCUUUACCAAAGAUACCAUGUUUCGGUUUUUAUCUAUCUUAGUGACAGAAGUUUGGUCUUUUGUGUUGGUUUAUGUUGUAUAAAAGAAUCUCCUUGGAUUACUUUGCAAAAGAUCUUAAAUGUCUAAUGAGUUGAUGACCCUUCUGUUAAA